AUGGACUGUUUGAAUGAGAGACUCGCAAACAUAGACUUGACUACAAAGGACGAAUCAAACAACAAGCAAGAUGAAGGAAGGAGUGUGGAGAAGGAAAAUAAUGACAACCUUUGCAUCACUACCGAUAAAUGUGGGAAUACAGGAAGCUCAAUGUCUCAAGAAUCAAUGGUGACAAGUCGGCCAACUUCAGUUUCAGCUAGUUCCUCAGAAAAGGCACCAGAUCAAAAAGACGCAGAACUCACGACAGAACACGAAUAUACCCAGUUCUUUUUCGAUAAAAGUGACUUGGACCCUAAUUUUGUAAGUCUAGUGGAACAGUUGACGGACAUAUUUCCCACUAUUUCCAAAACGGACUUGAAAAUAAGAUUGAAACUCAGCGAAGACGUUGAACAGCUAAUGGAGGAAUUGUUUAUCGAAUGUGAGCAGAUAGAAUUGAUAGAGAAAGAAGGUACGGGGGAACAAAGACAAGCCGAUGGCCUGCAUGCUUCACAAGAGUUGAAAGAAUUGAAAGAGCAAGGUUUGAACUGGUAUCAAAAGCCUCCAAAACGCGAGCACAAGCCUCGAUUGUCAAAAUUCAUCGUGGAGGCAUGUCAGAUGCAGGAAAUAUUCCCACAUCUUAAGCCCUCAUUGAUUGAACAGGUGCUCAUUAAGAAUAAUGGUGACAUGGAUGCUGCGUCUAUUGAUUUGCUAGAUCCUGAUUAUGUUGAAACUGAGCCAAGUAACGAAACUCGAGUCAAUGCAUGGCUGGACAACACUGAUUUAAUGAAUCGACUCAAGUUAUUUCUAGAUAUUGACAAUGGUGACUCUCCCACAACAGAGAGAUCAUGCACGCGUGUGCUUGAAGAUGAGGAAAUCAAGUUUCAUAUUCGUAAAUGUCUUCAAGAUUAUAGUGAAUCGUUGAAAAGUAUUGUUGUCAAUUGUCGACCAAGAAUACGACAGGAAGUAAUAAUCAAGAGUGUUGGUGGUCGUGUACAACGUGGUGGAUUGCGGAAUAAAUCAAGAGCAAGGACAGAAACUCGUACAGUUCCCUCGACGUAUAAAUACAACCCAGAUUUCCCUGAAAGUCUGGAACUUCAACAGAUGUACCUUGUUAACGAAGAAUUGCAUACUUUGGACCAGAAUGUACUUAUCAAUGCACUUGAGUUUUUUGAAGGUAAUUGUGAUAAAGUUUUGCAAUUUGCAUGCGAGGUGUUGUCGAGUCGAUCAGUUGAACAAUUGCCUACGAUUGAGGUCAGUUUAAACUCAAAUUCAAAGAAUUCUGCCGCAAAGCAAGCUUCUUUGAGUGGGACCCAUACGACCAACAGCAAUGAUGUCUACGCCAACUUAUCGGAAAGUUUUCAAGGAUACUCAACAACGAGAAGACGAUCGUCUCAACAAGUUCAGAGAAUCAAUUCAAGCGUGGAUGUAAGCAAGUACGUUUCUGCUUCUCGAAUUGAUUUGCAUGGCAAGACUUCACUAGAAGCCCUUGCACUAACGCAAAAAGUGCUUGAGUCGUGGUGGCAAGAAGAGGUUCAACAACGGAUUGAGCACGGCAAACUUAGUCAGUAUGGCUCAGCGGUCAUAUUUGUUGACAGCUUGAAAAUAGUUACUGGUCGUGGAAUUCAUUCAGCCAACGGAGUCAGUAUUUUAAGACCCUACGUGAAGAAUUAUUUAGUGAGAAAUCAGUAUGUGUUUGAUGAAGGGGUGGGUAAUUUUGAAGUAAAAGGUAAGCGGAAAAAGUAA